UUUUACUAUAUUAUAUUAUUUAUUUUUAUUUUUGGUUUUUUUUUUAAGAAAUAGGUGUCUACAAAGCCGCAUCAAUAUAACCGGACGUUCUAUAAGCCAUUGAGCGGCUAGAGAUCUAUGAGUUCAUCGAAUUGUAAUAAGGAGAUGAAAGUUCAGAUUAUCUCUAGAGAAACCAUUAAGCCGUCUUCUCCAACUCCGCACCACCUACGAACACAUAGGCUCUCUCUUUUUGAUCAGCUAGCGCCUCCUCUUUACAUCCCAAUUCUUCUUUUCUACUCAGCUACUAGUGAAACCAAUCCUAGCAAAAAGUCUGAUCUCCUCAAGGAUUCCCUCUCCAAAAUAUUAACUCACUUCUACCCAUUUGCAGGACGAAUCAAGGAAGGUUGCACUAUCGACUGUAAUGAUCAUGGUGCCGCCUAUGUUGAAGCUCAGGUAGACUCUGACAUGUUCCUGCUCCUUAAAGAACCGGGGAUUGAUCUGCUGCUACAGCUACUCCCUUGCGAUCCACUGGAAAAGUUACCUGAACCAAGUGCUCAGGUUAUCCUAGCUGUUCAGGUCAAUUACUUUGCUUGUGGUGGCAUGGCAAUCUGUGUCUGUGUUAGGCAUGUGGUAGCUGAUGCAUCAGCCGCUGCCGCCUUUGUUAAAAGCUGGGCUGCAGUAGCUAGUGGCGUCGAUAUAGUACUCGAUGCUGUGAUUUAUGACUGCACAUCUCUCUUUCCUCCACAAGAUUUAUCAGGCUUAUGGAAGACCAUUGAAAAGAGUCGGAAUGUGCUGCUAGCGGAAGUUGUGACAAAGAGGUUCAUUUUUGAUGGCUCUAAGAUAGCCGCUUUAAGAAAUGAAAUUGGCAAUGGGCUGAGUCUGUAUCGUCCAACACGUGUUGAGGCUCUGUCCUCGCUCAUUUGGAACGCCAUAAUAGCCGGUCACACAGAAGAGGGCGAAAUAGUUCCCAUGCAUGUGGCGACAACUGCUAUGAAUCUGCGAAAGAGAAUGAAUCCGCCAUUGCCGCAACUGUGUAUGGGAAACAUCUACCAUAUAACCAUGGCGAAUUUAUCCAUGGCAAAAACCAAGAGCCUCAGCAGUUUAGCGGAAAAAAUCCACGAAUCAAUAUUGAAGAUCGACGAUAAGUUUGUUAGGCAGUAUUUUGGAAGUGGUGCACACUUGAAUGUGGUGAAAAACAUGGCUGCAGAAGUUGGAAAGAGUUCAAAAGCAGGGCUGUUUAACUUCAGUAGUUGGUGCAGAUUUCCAUUUUAUGAAACUGAUUUUGGAUGGGGAAAGCCUGUUUGGUUUGCAACUGCCCUGAGGCUUAACAAGCUUGCCAUUUUCUUGGAUACCAGAGAUGGUAAGGGCAUUGAAGCAUGGAUAGGAUUGACAAAGGAAGAAAUGACAAAGCUUGAACAAGACCCUGGAAUUCUUGCUUAUGCUUCUAUCAAUCCAAGCAUAUGAGGGUUCAGCUACUCAUAUAAACUUGGAAAAAAAAGAUCACUGCAUCAAAGUUCUCUUUCUUGAAUCUUUGAAAGAGGCUCCAAAAGUGCUUUCGUAUUUCUUGUAAAUUACUCUUGCUUAUUUUCUCAACAUCCGUGAUUAGCAACUUGUAGUUGAAGGGUAUCUAGCUGGUAAGUGCCAGAGAUAUGUAUUGCAAGUCAUCUAGCCUGUACAAUUCCAAGUAAUUCAGUCUUGAAUAAAGAAAUGAUGCUCUUUUCCUGUUA